AUGACACCGAUUCUUCAACAACAUGCAAAGCGCAUUCUUGCUUGCGGCUACAAGAGUUCUUUGUUCCGUUCCUAUGCAACCUUAUGGUCACCCGAGGCUAGCCAAACUCUGCUUAUUCGGGUCAAAGCGUCUUUGCAGCAACAUGAGAAACAAUUGUACACCAGAGGGCUCAUAAGAAUCUUCGAGAUUCGGAUCGAUUUUCUCAAAAACGCGACUCGGCUUUAUCUGAUUGAGACACUGUUGGGUUUAGAAGAAGCAGACAAGUUCUUCAAAAGUAUCCCUUCAAACAUGAUUGAUUACUCCACGCUCUUAACCUCUUACGCGAGAUCUGACGAUGUGAAACCCGACAAUGUCACUGCAAACACUGUUUUGAAGGCCGAUGUAAAGGCGAUAAAGAUGUUUAUGAGAAUGUGGGUUGAUGAAGAAGGAAUCAAACUGGAGAGAGACAGGAUAGUUGAAAUGGCAAAGGUUUACGUUAGAGUUUGUUUAGAGAUAUAUGGUAACGUGGUAUGGAAUGCAAGAGAGUUGCUGCAAACUCUUUGGGAUGACUUUAAGAAGUGCGAAGAGGUGUAUCGAACAGCGGUUAUCUCUUUGUCGAAACUGGAUGAUGUUGAAGGUGCAGAGGAUAUAUAUGGAGAGGGGGAAAAAAAAGAACAGAACGUAAGGGAACAGGAAAAAGAAUAA